AUGGUUGUCUACCAGCAACGUUUUGGAAAAGUUUGUUAUUUGUUGGAGCUGAUAACAGCGUUUCUCAAAGAAAAAGGAAAAUGCUACCCACGGCUGGAAAAUGAUGAAUGGCUGCAAGACCUAAUGUUUUUCACAGAUAUAAUGGGGCACUUGAAAACUCACAAUUUGGCACUUCAGAGCAAUGAAAAUAUUAUUUCUGAUCUUGCCCAAACGGUUUUCAGUUUUCAAAACAAAAUCAAAGUUUUUCAAAGAGACUUACUAACAAGAACAUUCAGUCAUUUUCCGAAAAGGAGGCUGACUGCAUGUCCUGAGACAAUAUUAAAAGAAAGCAAGCUGGAUGAAUACAAAGAUAAAAUGCAAGAGCUUCUGGAAAAUUUUGAGACCUGGUUUAAUGAUUUUAAGGAAUUGAAGCCAUGCUUUUCUAUUCUCAGAAAUCCAUUCACCACCAACGUGAUCGAUGAUGGCUGUCCACUUCAACGACUCGGCUACCGAAAUAGAGCUAAUUGA